GAAGUGGAAGGGGGGAGGGCAAAAAGAAGGAGGUGAUUGUUGGAGUUUGGUAGAAUUAUAUAAAGAAGGCCAGAGUGAGGGGGGGGUAGAACGAAGCUAGCAGAGCAGAACUCACAACAACGCAAAGAAGAUUUUUAUAUUCGGAAGCGAGGGCCAGCAGAUGCCAUGGCUGCAGAUUGGAAACCAGCUUUUCACAUGCUGCUCCUCCUCCUGGUUGAUCUCAGUGACGGCUCCUCCCUAACCACAUCCCAACAGGUCUCCACGACUCAUCCCAACACUUCUCUGACUCUGAGGCCACACAGCAAUGGGCCCCAGCCCACGAACCUCAACUCUGAUGACUACGAAGACCUGUACGCUGAUGACACGGUGCCAACCAGAGAGCCUGCUCUUCCGGGGAACACAGACCUCGAGCCCUGUGACUACGACCCCUGCCAGCAAGACCAGAUUCCCUGCCACCUUCUGUCUGCGCAGAGAGACUGCCUUUGUCCAGGCCUGACUUCGUACCUGGAGGUUCCCGACCCUCCGUCCCUGAUGGUCCUGUCCCAGGAGGGGUCUGAGGUGGUGGUCCAGUGGUGUGCACCGUCCUCCCCCGUGAGCUCUUACCUGGUGACGGUGGAUGAAGGGAACACCAAGGUGUUUGGGCAGAAUGUGAGGAGAGGCUCCAUAGGGGAGGUGCCGCAGGGGGUGAAGGUGUGUGUGUUGGCAUUGAACGACUCAGGCCUCAGUGAUCCUGCGGGGGGGUCCUGUGCGACCUUCCAGCCUUCUGGGAAGAGCAGUACGGCUCUGAAAGCGGGGCUGAUUGGAGGGGCUCUGGGGUUCCUCUUGCUCCUCUCCCUGGCUCUGCUGCUGUGGAGGCUUCGGGCUCGCAGGAAAGCAGGCAUCAGGAUCUCUACACAUGACACACUAGAAACCUUUUGAGAAGACUGCUAUAAGUAUCCUGGAUGAAGAUGUUAUUUUAUACUGUAAAGUUCACAAAGUGAUGAACUUUCCAGACAGAUAACAAUAGACUUUCAUGAAGCACUCAGCCAGAACAGACUGUAACAUAUGACUAAACUGUGUGUUGUAAAUAAUUGUCAAUGAGGCAGGAAAGUGAGUAACAGAGAGGUAGGCUUUUACAAUAAAUGACUCAGUUCAUGACUGUCUAAAUACUAUUACUGUCACCAUAUAUUAUGAGACUAAGAGGAGUUAACCUAUAAACAAUUCAUUUGCAGCUUAUCCAGUCACAAAUAUAUACUUUUUGGGUAAAAGUCAUUUAGAAAGACGAAGAAGAUUUAGGCAUUGGAUUCAGUUUUUGAGACUUUGGGAUUUGUAUUGCUUGUACUAUUGGUCACUGGACCCUGUUUGUUUAGACAAGGAAAUGCUGCCAGACACUAAACGCUGUAUACCGACCUCUCCACCCCCCAAAGAGGAACUCAUGUCCCAGUACAACAAGAACAGUAUUUUUGAUUAAUCCCAGUGGAAAACUGAAAUGAGGAUCUUUUUUGGUCAGAAUACUUGUUUCCCAAAAAGAACCAAACUUGGAUAUUGAUCGCAGAAUGCUAUGAGUGGAAGGAUACAUGCAGAAUGCAACCUUAACUAGUAAUGUCUAGUUUUACUGAUUGUGAUUAACAUAAGCACAUAGGGAAUCCCAUUUCUGCCACACCAUACAAACAUUUUUCCAUUUGAAAAAAGCUUUGCAACGGCAGCGCUGAAAAAGCUUUAUUUCGCCAUCACUAGGCUUGAAGCCCACAUGUGGGAGGCAGGUGGCUGAGCGGUUAGGAAAUCGGGCUAGUAAUCUGAAGGUUGCCAGUUUGAUUCCUGGCUGUGCAAAAUGAUGUUGUGUCCUUGGGCAAAGCACUUCACCCUACUUGCCUCGGGGGGAAUGUCCCUGUACUUACUAUAAGUCGCUCUGGAUAAGAGCGUCUGCUAAAUGACUAAAUGUAAAUGUGCCUUACUUCAUGUGCAUUUCACCGAACAGCAAAGCACUCACUACAGCGUAUAUGCCUAAUUGUCAACAGACUAAUGAAAAUCAUGCUGUUGAUGAAGUUCAGAUUUCUAGACGCUCUGUCUUUUUAUUAUUGUAAUUUUCUUUUUUCUGACACUGUUUGACAAUCGCUACACUAGGCCUUAUGAUGGAUUUGUUACUCCUGUGGGCAUUCCCAGGUGUAGUACACCAGGUACACCACUAUGUGGCAGCAGAUCUGCAGGUUCAGUUGUGGACAGCUAAGCAAAUCAGAGAAUACCAUCUCUAGUGUCUGUGGUCUUCAACCCUGGUCCUCAGGGACAAUGCAUCUGGUUAUAGGAUAAUAAGGACAACUAUAGCAGAGUAGGUGCUCAAAGAAAUGAAUUAAAUCGUUUUAUAUUUUGUCAAUUUAGAUGAGCUGGUUUAGAAAUUAGUUUGGGCUACAUGUCUCAUCUUCUCAGCAUCUCUGGGAAGCACAGCUAUCAAAGCCCUUGGGACAAAUUACUUCCUAUUUACAGGAAAAUUGGGAAUAUCUCAGAAUUUAAGGGCUGUAAAAGAUGGAUGAUUGAAAGUGGUCUUGACUUCCAUGAUUCUUUUUAUAAGUAUGCCUGUAAUUCCUGUAGAUCCACGUUGGUUGUUUGUGUUCGCGUGAAAAAAAAUUCUGAAUUGAUAAAGAAUUAUUUACAAUAUGUCUCACCCUAUCAUGACAUCGGCAUGCCAUAAAACUGAUAAACUUCGAAAAAGAGAUAGGCUACCCAUACACAUAAACUGCACUCAGAAAGGCAAUUAUUUUACACAUUCACAAACACCUUGAGAAGAUGAGAAUAUAAAAAGUUACAGUUUUAUAUAUUAUUAUUUUUGUUAUAUUUUCAUCGACUUAUUUUGCAACCGAUGAGCCAACGUCAUUAAUGUGCGACUGUCUCAGCGAACCUAACAGCUUCAGUACAAAGAUUCUAGAAGUUUUCUAAGACAGUCCACUUUGUCACCAGUGCAGUAGUGUGAGCUUACGCAAAAUGUAAAAAAUCCUACAUUUUCAUUUAUGGUGACAAACAACAAGUAACUUAAUUUAAAUCUUAAAUAUCCGUUUUGUUAUCACGCAGUCAUAAUUUUAUGAUUAGGGCUUAUGUAAAAAAAAAAAUAGGACACAAUUCCACAUUAUGUUAGGUUACUCAAUCUUUAAAACAUAU